AUGGAACAGUGUGCACCAUGAGCUGUGACUUCCUCCUUACAUUGGAUACAGAUCUCCGGUCAUUCACUUGCCGAGAAGGAGAAUGGGAUCAUGAACUAGAUAUAUCAUCAAUACAAUGCAGAGAUAACGUUCCUCCUACACUAACGGCUUGUCCACAGUCCCCUCUUCGCGUUGAUCGCAUUGAGUAUUGGGGUGUGGAGGUGGGAUUUGUCAUCCCAACAGCAAUCGAUAAUUUUGACACGGAAUUGCGUGUAACUACUAACCCUCUAGAUUUGAAGUCUCCAUACAACUUCACAUCCGAUGCGACAUGUACAUAUACAUUCACCGAUGCUGCAGGGAAUAGCGUGUCUUGUGUCUUCGUAAUAGACAUUACCAAUAAGGUUAAACCAAUUAUAACAUCGUGUCCACUUGGUGGUGAAGUAAAUGCAACUAAGAGCACUACAGAUGUCAAGUAUGAACAUCCUUCUUACUCACCUAUACCAGGUAUUGAUCUGGUCUUGUCUUGCGAUGCUCCAGCUAGCCCUGUUACACUACCAGUGGGACACCAUGAAAUCACGUGUUAUGUCUCCGAUCCGGAAACCGGUCUACAGUCGGAGUGUAAAAUGCAUUUUAAUGUCAUGUAUGUAAACAGGUGUCCGCCGUUGUACACCCCCAAGAAUGGAGCACUGGUCUGUGACACAUUCACCAGUGGUCAGUUCUGCAGUAUCCUCUGUGAGAAGGGCUAUGAUAUUCCACGAACACGCCGAGGGUUAGACAUGUUCAUCUGUGGCAGUUCAGGAAAAUGGAGUCCUCUGAAUGAUGUACCCGACUGUUUAGAAAAACAAUCUUCGAGGAAUAUCCUGCCCAAGACCAUGUACUACCCCUCCCCAUGUUCUGAGGAUGGUGGGAGCAGCACAACUACAAUAGCCCGAUCGUUCCUGGAUGUUUUAAAAGCAAGUGUUUUCGGGUUUAUGUGCAAGGAUAAUGACGAGUGCUCGGUGGAAAACGUGAAGGUGUCUUGUGGCCACACAAAUUAAGUCUUUCCACUAACUAUUCCCCCUUAGUUUCAUGUGGUAAAGUAAGUUUUAAUAUUGACACCAUCAAAACCUUUAUCAUUUGGUAGUUAAUCCAAUAUCAUUAAAAUGCUUAAAAUUUGAAAAGGGUGUUUUCAGCAUUUUUUUCGAGCUACAUUGGCAGAAAAGCAGAUUACAUGCGAACUUGGUUGCAGUCACAGUGAUCACAGGGUUUCUUGGGCAACUAAUUAAUUUCCCAUCAAAUCCAGCAUUGAAAAAUUACUGCUCUCUCGUGGGACUGAACGCAUCCAGUAGUAACCCCUCUCUAUCCCCAUACGAAAAAAAAAAUGUUCAGACAUGCACCGUUGAUUCUAUAUGAACAUUUUUUUCUAACCUUUACGUCAUUUUAGAUACGGGGUGUAAGGGGGAACCCCAAAAUUGCCGGAUCCCAUUAACGAUGUGCGGUUUUCAGAGGGUCCGAUUUGCACUGAAUUUGUUUAUGUUGGCAAAACAUUAUGCAUAAUGUUGUAAAAUAAAAUGUUUAGAUACCUCGUUCUCUUGUGAACAAGAAGUAAACAUUAUCUCUUCAGGGGUAUAAUACUGAGUUUAAA